AUGCCCUAUAUGGAAAUGGGCGCGCGGCUCCAACGCCUCGAACAAGACACCCUGGAGCUACGCCGACAAUUUACCGGCGUCGCCCAAGAAAACCUGGAGCUACGUCAACAAUUUCACGCGUUCCGCAUGCAGUUCAAAGAAUCCAAGGGAGACAAGAAGCCGGCCAAUGUCACCAAUGAUACCGACGACAGCCGAGCAAUUCUCAAACGUCUCCUCCUCGAAUCUGUGGUGGCGACACAGUCGCUUCAGGACGGAGAGCCGCCAGGCUAUGACUGUCCGCGCGACCAAACAAAGUUCCCGAAACUCAAAUUUUUUACCGUCCGAGAUUGGAACGAGUGGAAGCGCGAGAACAACAAGACCACGCGGAUUGGGGAGGAACCUGUGCGAGGCAAGGCAAUGUCCUCGAAGGGGAUCAACCACACCGCUCCCUACAUCGAGUACCCUGACGGCACUCCUGCCGAGGGAGACUACAUCAAUGACGCCCGGAAGUUUUGCCGCACUUUCAUCAACCUCGCCCGGACGGCUCAAUACGAGCUCCCUAAGAAAUGGCGUGACACUGACAUAUGGUUACAGGAGCUUUUUUACACCGCGCUGCGCAAGAAGUUUCCCCUGUUCCAGCUCUGCCACAACAACGCGAAGGGCUCUAUCUUCAUGUACUACUCGUACUACGAACAUGUCACCCGCAAGUGGGACAAAGCACGCACGGAGACUGUCGACCUCAGCAACGCCCUGCACACAAUCAAGAGUGCAUCGGAUGUGGAAGAAUCUGAGUCGGAGUCGGUGCAACAGGACAACGCCCCUAGUCGCGGCACUUCCAAGCGGCUUUCCCGCGACGACAACGAUGCGACCCGCCCUCGAAAGCAAGCCCGCACCGACCCAGACGGAGUCGGACAGAACAUUGUCGAAGAAAUUCCCGCUCUGUCCAACAAACUCAAGGGCAAGCAGCGAGCUGGUCCGAGCCUGCUGGCAGUGCUAUCGACAUCCACGACCGCCUUGCAGCUUGAACGACAUCCCGCAAUCGUUCCCAACUCCUCAUUAUGUGGACUUCCCCCGCCGGACCCAUUGGCCGCGCCUGUGUCUCCCUCCCUAUCCGUCCCCUCUGCCUCAUUACCUGUUGCUGAUUCAUCCCAGUCCAUCCAAGUUCCCCAUGCCACACUGUCGUCCCUUGCGUUGCUAACAACACUCACGCCGUUGUCAAUGUCCCUGUCGCACCCCGAGGCGUCGUCGGAUCCUAUUCAAGUGCCUAUGGGUCCCCCCCUCGAUGUCGGUCUUCCUUCUGUGGCCCCGGAUCCAGCCCCAAUUCCCCAGCCCCAAGACGCCGCUGUCGGGGGUACUACCCCUUCGACGCAGCCCCCCGCCAAGCCCGCAAAGACCUCUGUGCCGAAAAGAACUCGUGCACCUCGCAAGACGUCGCAUUGGCCUCCCCCAGGUGAUAUGCAAGGGGCCAAGUGGAUAUAUGCACGGAGAUGGUACACGGAGACGGAGGGCACGCAGGACGCCUUCGAGACCCAUUAUAAGUCACUGAGUCGGGCCGAGCGCCAGAGGCUCGGACGCGUUCCUGCGUCAUAG